AUGGUGCGAGAAGUUGGUAGCAGAGAUAGGGAGAUAUUCAGCCGUGGCAGCGGAAGAGAUAACAGCGAGGAUGAUUCAUGGUUCACAUCGGAGAAGAUGGUGACCGUGACGUGGCUGCGCGAGAAGCCAGGAAAAUCAGGUAUGGUGACGCCCUACUUCUAUAUAGGGGGAGCGACUGAGGUCCUCCCGAACUCCACACUCCGCCCGACUGCCUUCCGCUGCCGGCCCCUGGCUCCGGUGCGCCUCCCGCCGCUGCCUCCCUGGCCCUGCCGCGCCUCCCGCCGCCGCUCCCACUGCCCCGGCGAGCCUCCCGUCGCCGUCCAACCCCCGCCUGCCCCUCGUCCCCAGCACGCCUCGCGUCGCCCGCCUCGGAUCCCAGCGUGUCUCCAGCUGCUGGACCUCCACCGGCGACCAGCACCGCCCCUGCAGGGCGCAGAGGUCGCGCGCCUCCUCUUGCUGCCUAUCCGUCCCAAUCACACUCUGUCAUCCCUCCCGGCGCGCUCGGAUCUGGCUUCCUCCGCCAGCGCGCUACCCCUCCCCUUCCCCCGAAUCAACCGGCGUCGCCCCAACCAUCCUAGCCUCAGGCGCCCUUCUUCCUCCAGGUGGAACUCCCGCGCCGCCCUUCUUCCUCAUCCUGAAUACCACACCUCCGCCUCCUCCCGAUUAACCCAACGAAACCAAGCGCCAUCCCAGUCCAGCCGCGCUGUGUCAGGGAGGUCGAGGCCAUCGCGAGCAGCAGUCCACAACAGUCAAGAUCCUGGCGCGAUCCGGGCUCUCUCGGCAACCAGCGGGUGCUCUCUUUCCUCAAUCAGAUGGCUAGCAAAAAGAAGAGGAUUCCAGGGAUUUUUUUGAGGCGGUCGAUGGCUUUCGAAAGAUGUUCAUAUCUCACAAGUUUUUAGGGGUUCAAGUUCAUCUAUAUAAGAAGGUAUGCCAAUUUUGUUGUACAUCUGUGUGUGAAAGAGGCACUGAAACUUGAUGUACUUGCUAUUUCUUUUCUUGUAACGCCUACCUACCUGAUUGAGACUAUUCAAUCACAGUUAUUUUUGCCUGCCAUGCCCUGGCACCUCCUCCAUCUCGGUGCCGCCGUCACGACCCAGCCUCCAUUUGCUGGUCGCUGUUAGCAGCUGUUGCUGCGGCCUGCCUCGCCCUCUAGCUAAUGUUGGUGCGCUACUGUUGAAGUUCAACUAGAAUGCUAGAGAGAGAUUUCUAUGAGAGUUUAGCUAUUAUAGUCCUUGGUUUUGUGUUUGAACUUGCUGUUGUCCAUGGUUAAAGAUUAUGAUGUUGCUUUUCUACAUAUGGUCUUCCUGUAGAUUUAUCAUUCUCCAUCCUCUUGGAAGAUACAACAUUCUGAAUGAUCAGAACAAAAACAAUGUAAUAUUAGUGUGCUGCUACUUAUGUAUAUGUUGGCACUAAGCUUGCUAAUGUGUUGGUCGUGCACACAGCACAUGAAGUGUAUGUAUAUAGUUGUGUAA